AUGACAGUAUCACUGCUCGUCAAACCGCGCUGGGUCGACACUGUGAUAUACCUGUAUGAAAACAAAUCGGAUGAGCUUAAUAAGAAUAACGGCGUAAUGGAAGGAUUUGUUAGUGCAGGGAAUUUCUCUGCGAAUCAGUGCAGGAAUCUGAUGGCCCACUCAGCGCUCGGAGCUCAUCCUUCACCUUUGGUUCAUGGGUCCGGCUACUCAACAGUCGACGUCUCCGGCUCUGGGGUGGUGGAACCCGGCAAGCAAUGCGCCCCAUGCCCGGUGCCCCAGGCCUCUACUGCCGCUCCUUUACCGUACGGAUAUUUCGGCAGCGGUUACUAUUCCUGUCGAAUGGGUCGAAGUUCCAUCAAGCCUUGCACCCAGCCUGCUGCUCUCUCUAGUUACCCAGGAGACAAGUACAUGGACAGUCCAGUCCCCACUGAUGAGUAUCCAGGCCGGCCUAAGGAGUUCACCUUUUACCAUGGCUAUGCGAGUCCCUACCAGCCAAUGCCAAGUUAUUUGGACGUUUCUGUCGUCCAAACUAUCAGUGGCGCGGGAGAACCGAGGCACGAAGCCUUGCUUCCCAUGGACGGCUAUCACCAGCCCUGGGCCCUGAAUGGAUGGAAUAGUCAAAUGUACUGUUCGAAGGAACAAGCGCAGCCGGGACAUCUAUGGAAAUCCACACUUACAGAUGUUUCUGCGCACCAGCAGGAUGGAAGCUCCUUUCGCCGCGGGAGAAAGAAGAGGAUUCCUUACACUAAAGUCCAGCUGAAAGAACUGGAGAGGGAAUAUGCAACAAAUAAAUUCAUCACAAAAGAUAAGAGAAGGAAGAUCUCGGCUGCUACGAAUCUGAGCGAACGGCAAAUCACGAUCUGGUUUCAGAACAGGAGAGUGAAGGAAAAGAAAGUCAUUGCAAAAGUAAAGACCAACACACCUUAA